AUAGAGACCAGAACAUCCAGGUUGUCUCAUAUAGAGACCAGAACAUUCAGGUUGUCUCAUAUAGAGACCAGAACAUCCAGGUUGUCUCAUAUAGAGACCAGAACAUCCAGGUUGUCUCAUAUAGAGACCAGAACAUCCAGGUUGUCUCAUAUAGAGACCAGAACAUCCAGGUUGUCUCAUAUAGAGACCAGAACAUCCAGGUUGUCUCAUAUAGAGACCAGAACAUCCAGGUUGUCUCAUAUAGAGACCAGAACAUCCAGGUUGUCUCAUAUAGAGACCAGAACAUCCAGGUUGUCACAUAUAGAGACCAGAACAUCCAGGUUGUCACAUAUAGAGACCAGAACAUCCAGGUUGUCUCAUAUAGAGACCAGAACAUCCAGGUUGUCACAUAUAGAGACCAGAACAUCCAGGUUGUCUCAUAUAGAGACCAGAACAUCCAGGUUGUCUCAUAUAGAGACCAGAACAUCCAGGUUG